UCCAGAAGAGCAUGGCAACUUUCCCCAGGCCACGUUAUACGAUUAAAGAGUGGCUCAAAAAAUGCAAUUGGAAUCAGGAAGGCAAAAGGGUCUUAUAAGAGGGCUGGGGGUCCUCAAAGUCACAGGGCCCUGUUGAGGAGCCCUUGUAUAAGCUGUGGGGCCCAUAUAUUUAAGCAUAUACAAACAUUUUUUUCAAAGUUGAUGGGCCGCAAGACCUUGCAGCCCAGGAAAGGCACCAAAAGUUUCCAACUAGGGCCUAAAAUUGAUCAGUGCCUAUUCUCUUCAGUCCAAUAUAGACUUUAUAGUGAAUUAAUAACAAAAGAACAUGUUGCAACAUAAGGGCAAUGUUUAUUUAGGAAAGUCCAGCUGUAGCAGACAGGCUUUUGGGAAGUCCCAACAGAUUUAGCUCUUUAUGUUGGGCAGACGUGUCAAUAAGCUGCUGGAGGAGAACAUGCCCUGUCCCUAUAUAUAGUCCAUAUACAAGUCUUCGCUUUCCUCAAGUCAAUGAGUCAAGGCUGUUCAGAGGGAACACUUCACGUGUAGAUUGACACUCUCACCUGCGAUGGUCAGUCAAAGCUGAAAUGAGCCGUCUGGGCGACACGACUCUCUAUUCCCAUUGGAUGCCGAAUGUUUGAGCGGAUCGGAGCGUUGCGCGUGGCCCAUUGGAGAGAAGAGCGCAACCAAACCAGAAACGCGAAACUCGGAAUUCUAUAAGUUGCGAAGUUCGCAAGACCGAGGCCGAAAGGAUCGUAAAAAGCACGGACGUAAUAAAGCGUGCGCAUCUCAACCGAGGCCGACUAAAGCACGGUGCUGUGCAGAGCCACAAGGGAUUGCAAUGUCUGAUAACAGCACCGGCAGCACUGGGUCAUCCAGUAACAGUUGGUCUCUGCUCUCCCCGGAGGAGGUUGCUGAAGACCCUGCUGCACCAGUGGACGAUGGAACAGAAAGUCUGGGAGAUGCACCCAGUAUUUCCGAGGAAAUAGCAGGAAGCUCUGUAGAGGUGAGGUUGCAUGACCCUCAAACUCAAUUGGCGGAGACCAUAUUGUCAGAGGAGGGUCGACAGGUCAGUGCAUCACUGCCGAUUUGCCAGGAAACAGCCCCCGAAUUCUUCAAAGAGAUGGCAGCAACUGACCUCGCUGGGUUUGAACUCGAUCCUGACAUCCAUGCUCCGAUCAUCCAUGACACUAUCACCAGUUCUCCCCCCGACAGUGACCUUUUGGGUGCUGUUCCCUUCAGCAUCGCUUCAGAACCAGCAUUCCAAUUUUCAGAGGAGUCAGCCCAUGAUGAACCCACUGAAGAGGACAUUACUGAUGUCUUUCCCAGCCAGCAUGUUCCCAUUCAAGAAGGCCCCACCCCUGAACCAGAGCCCAAAAUCACAUCCACUCCAGUACCAUUCAGAGAACUAAGCCCCUCCCAGGAUGUCCCUGUCUCUGAACCUACCGUAGACAUAAGCCCCACCCCUGAAAUCAUUGAUUUGUCUGCAAUCCCCAUACUUGACAUUCAAGCUGAAGUACAUGCCUCCCCUGAAAGCCCACCUCUGGCUGAUACAGGAUUUGGUUCCACAGCAGAAAGCCCCGCCCCUGCCAGCCCUUAUCCAGAAACCAUUGGCUCGGCUGAAACUGAGGAGGAGCCUUCCAUAGAGAAAGAGGAAAUGGAGCUGCCAGAGAAAAUUCCUGAUGUUUUGAGAGAGCCAGAAUCUCUUGGUGCUGAAAUUCCAGUGGGCAGCUCAGUAGAAGAUGAUGGUCUAAGGCUCAGACACGUGCAGCCCACCAUAGUGCUCAAGAGAAGCUCUGAUGAGGAGGACGACGAAGAAGAGGAGUUUAACCUGCCUGAGAAAAAAGAGGAGAAACCAGGUUUCUCUUUGAACCAACUGAUAGUUGGAGCAUUAGUGCUGCUCUGUCUUGGAUCCUUCUUUUUCUCCGGUUCUGUGGUUGACCAGUCUGGCGAUGAUUUUGAUGGUUCAGAAUUAAGUGACCAGGAACUCCUGGAUAAAUUUGCCCAAGAGAAUAAACAAAUUAAUAUAUUGGAGGCCCAGAUAGAGUCGCAGAAAAAUGAGCUGGACAUUGCUUUGAAAAUGGCUGCAGAUGCGCAUAGCACUGAGAAAGGUGUACUUGAAAAUGAGAACACUAAAUUAAAAGAACAACUGUCUGAACUGCCCGGCCUGAAAGAAGAACUACAUACACUGAGAGCACGAGUUGCUGAACUCGCCAAACUUACAGUUGCAGAAGAACUCCCACAACAACCUUCUACCGGCAAGUCUAGUCCAGCAGGAACUGAGAAACACUUGGAUAAAAAUGAAGAACUCAAAAGGCAGAAGGUUCUGUUGGAGGAAAGUGGGAAGAGGCUGCAGGGAAUGAAGAAACAGGACUGGAACAAGCAGGGUUUGAGGGAGAGUUUGGUGGAAAUGCAGAAGAGGCUCUCAAAACAGGUGGACCAGUUGGGUAAGAGGGAAGAAUGGAAGAGGAAACACCAAGAGUACAAAGAAGAGAAGAAGGAAUGGGGAAAAAAGAAGGAACAUGACAGUCGAUGGAAAGAGGAGAUGGAAAGAGGGAAAGAGUGGAAGCAUGGUAAAGACAAAAAGAAUAUUGACUACAAACGCAAAGAGCAUCUCAAAAAGUACAAAGAAGAGUGGGACCAUAAGAAGGAUGAGAGAAGGAUGGAGAGAGAAAGGAGACAGAGGGAUAGACCUUGGCAGGGUAAAGCUUCCAAACAUCAGCACCAACAUCAUCACCAUGAGCAGGCAGACUUUUGGAAACACCAGGAGGAGAAACUCAGGAGGAACCGACAUCCUGCCGAGGGUUGUCGUGGUGUGGAUAACUGUGCCGACAUAGAGGGACUUGUUCCUGUCAAGCUUGCAGAGUUUCAGGACCUUCUUGAGGUCUACCUAAGCAAACUUGAAGGUGUUCCUCAAGAAAACAAGGAAGCUCUUAGUCGCCUCACAGCCCAGUUCUUCAAUGGUGGCGUUUUUGCCCAUGACCGAAUGCUCUUCAGCAAGUUUGCAGAGGAUGUCGCAGAUAUCUUGGAAGAUCUGGCAGAUGCUUUAGAAAGUGAGCAGCACGGGAAGCACAAUGAUUCCCAUGAAGAAGAGAUGGAGGAAUUUGAGAAGGAGGCACUGUUGAGGUUUUCCACCACUGUGGCAUAAUGUCAGUGCUGCCCAAAACAGAAACUGGGUGGAAAGAUUGGAAAAAUUCACCAUGUGUAGGAAAUUAUGGAAAAAGCAAAACACAAUGGUUGAGAAAUCAUCUCUCCAAACAGCUGUUUCUUACCCGAAUUUAGAUGUAGUUCAGUGCCUAGUGUAAGGAGUUUCUCUCUUUGGAUUCUUGUCAUUAGUGAAGUCCCACCCCGGCGUUGAAUGUUUUGUUGUAAGCUACCUCUGUUUGUCCUGUUCUUCAAUGCCAGACUCUUUGGCUCUUGCUUGCUGUGUAAAGUGUCAAUCAUCUUAAGCAUUAUGUGUUGCCACAUGUAUGAAAUUGCUUUACAUACAGAAGUAUCAAUCAAUACGUGUGGGGUUCUAAACAAGAUUGACCUAGUGAGUGCAAUGAGAACUGUAGAAUGUUUUCUAUCAAAAAUAUGUAAUAUUGAAUGUCAGAACUGAGAAUUGUAUGUAGAAAGUUGCUUUUUAUUUUAGCUAUUAAAGUUUUUUGGCCCUCA